GCUGCUGUCAACAAACAAACUACAGCAAGGAAUGUGCCUCAGUGCGCCUGUUCAGCGUACCACCAGCAGGAGGGCUUCCAGCGGGAGGCAGAACAGUCCUCAGACUGCCUUCAUAAGAACAGACAACACAACUGAGCAGACUGGGACAGGAGGGGCGCCGCACCGCAUCAUAUGAGCCGGGGAGUGUUGGCGCAGCAGCACUUGAGAGCUGUGACUACGAUGAAGUAACAGAAGUGUCUGUGCAUGAGGCAUCUGAGGGAGGAAUUUCUCUGCUGCACCAUUCCAGUGCUUCUCAGGACAUACCCGCCCUUCCAUUUCACCACCAGCUUUCUUUCUCUAGGACAUUUUUUACAUUGGUGGUUGAAUGACAACAUUACCACCCAAGGAAGGCCCUCCAGCAGUAAGUCCUGCAGCAGCACCAGAGAGCAGCCACUCCCAGUCAGCCAUAGUUACACCCACUGCCACUUCCAUGACGACAACUGAGGUAGAGAAGCUGGAGCCGAAGGAGGACCAGGCGGGUGAGGCCCUGCAAGAGCCUCCCUCAGCUAGCGAUGGUGAUGGUGGAGAAUUGUGGGGAGAAGUUGGGGAGGGAGGAGGAAACAUGAUCGGCCCUCAAGAGAAUGAGAAUAGUGAUUUCCAGCCAGGUCCUUCUCAUGCUCCUCCUCCUCCCCACCUUGCUCCCUCCUCUCCCCACCACCAGGAGCAUCCCCGCUUCCAUAUGGGGAGGUCCCAAGGCGAUGAUGAUACGGAUGAGGACAACAUGGGAGAAACUGCUGGGCUGAGUGACAUAGCAGGGAUGGGCGGCCCAGGCCAGCCCAUGCCUCUCGCCCACCCGGCAAGUAUGCCUAGCGGCGAUGAUGAUGACGACGAUGAUGAUGAAGAGGAUGGCCAGGCUCCCGCUCCUGAAGGGGCGUAUGAUCCAGCGGACUACGAGCACCUGAGCGUCACUCCAGAGAUCUCAGAGCUGUUUUCAUAUAUCACCCGCUACACGCCCCAGGCCAUCGAGCUGGAGCACCGUCUGCGGCCAUACAUACCCGACUAUAUCCCAGCAGUGGGCGACAUUGAUGCCUUCAUUAAGAUCCCGCCGCCGGAUGAUAAGGUGUCCAUGGUGGGCCUGGAGGUGCUGGACGAGCCCAGUGCGCGCCAGAGUGACGCCACGGUGCUAGACUUGCAGCUGCGGGCACUUGCUAAGCACACCACCGCUAAGUCUAUGUCAGUGAAGACGGUGGAGAAUGCUGAGAAGAAUGGCAAGGUGAUAGAGAAGUGGGUGCGAGACAUCAGUGAGCUACACAGAAGCAAGCCACCGCCCACUGUCCACUACAGCAAACGCAUGCCGGACAUUGACAGCCUGAUGCAGGAGUGGCCGGGGGAGCUGGAGGAACUGUUCAAGGAGGUUAACCUCCCCACGGCUGCACUUGAACUGGAACUCCCAGACUACGUGGACAUCAUUUGUUCCAUAAUGGACAUUCCGGCAUACAAGAGUCGUGUCCAGUCCCUGCAUGUUCUCUUCACUCUCUACUCGGUUUUCAAGAACUCAGCACACUUCAGACAGCUGGCGGAGGAAAACUACAUAGACAACGAAGACUCAACUGCCGACCAGCUUCUCCUGCAGUGAUGGGGCUGCCUGGAGGGAAGUGUCGUGUUAAGUACCUAUUGACAUUUACGUAGAAACAAGUAGUGGACAUUUGAUCAUCCCUCUAUGCGUGUAUUCAGAGAGAGCAAUGAAUGAACACUAUGCAUACAUACAUAGGUAGAUACAUACCUACAUGGAUAAUUAUUGAUAACAUUGAGAUUUAUUAAAGCAUCAUAAAGAGAUUAGAGAAAUGCGACUAAAGACUAGCAAACUUGAUUGUCCUAACUGAAAGUGCUCUGGGAAAUGCAUAGAUAGAUAGAUAAAUAGAUAGAUAGAUAGACAGAUAGACUGUUUGUUGACAGGAGCAAACAAUACAUGAACAGAAAGUGAGUGGCACAUUGUUUAACUGGCAAAAGGAGGGGGUGUGUUUUUCUAAGGGAUUUAAGCAAAAAAAAAAAAAAAUAAAUAAAUAAAUAAAUAAAUAAAUAAAUAAAUAAAUAAAUAAAUAAAUAAAAGCAACCUUAUCGUGGGGCCCUUCAUGUGUGUGUUUAGUGAAUGGCAAGUCAGUUUAUAUAUGCAUGGCAGCUGAGAACAAAACUUAUAAUGGGAAAAUAUAUGAAGUGAAACUUUUUCUUAUGUUCUUUUUAGGAUUGCCUGAGGGAAAGUGUUUAUAAGUAAUCAGUUGUGUCAUUAUGCAUACUGAGAAUACUUAUGAUGGCGAGAAAUGAGAAGUUAAGUAUUUCUCAUAUCAUUUUUGGAUCACAGCAGAGACAGCGUUUAUAAAUUAUUGGUAGUGUGCGUGGUGGUGCAGCCACUUCAUGGGAGUGCGCAUCAGGCCUUCAUCUGUCAUCUCCUGUCUGCUUUUUGCCGUGUAUCAGCACCACAGCACCACCACAUAGAAGCCUGCUAUGUGUGCUACUGAACCCACUGCAAAUAUAGAUUACCACGUGUGUGACUUAUAUUAAACAAUUUACUGUAAAACGCCACAGGUAUUGUGUCCCUAACACUGUCUUAUGCAUGUAUGUAUUUAUGAUGAUUAAAAAUUUACAUUACAGUAAAGA